AUGUUUAAAAAGUUCGAUGCAGAUGAGCAAGUCAGUGGACAGGCCCAGCUCAAGUCGUCGGCGACACGGGCCCUGCGCACAGCGGUCUGCACCCAGAUGCCUCGGUUUGAGCCCUAUGUCGACGACGUGGUUCCAAAGAAGGCCCGCAUUUUUCAAGUACGCUUACAUAACCACUACCAACUUCUUUGUGACGAAGCGGGGCGUGUUCUGUUUCUCCAAGACCGCGACGGACGGCUCUAUCCGACAUUGCGUCUCCUGCACGCGUACCCGUUUAUGCUGCCGUGGGUGCAGGUCGAUCGAGGCGCGAUUCGUCACGUCCUCCGGGGUGCGAAUGUUAUGUGUCCCGGCUUGACGAGCCCUGGAGGCUACGUACCUCCAGAACUUGCCGCUGAUCAAGUGGUGGCCGUCAUGGCAGAAGGAAAGGCCCGAGCCCUCGCCGUCGGUAGGAUGCUGCUCUCUGUUGCACAGGUUCUGCAACAGAAUCAGGGCGUGGCCAUCGAAAACGUGCACGUACUUGGCGAUGAAAUAUGGAAACGAGAACGAUGGAGUGCGUCCGGGUAG